UUGCAUGCAGCAGGUCGUCUAGCAGAUGUCAGAGCGCGUCGAUAAGUUCCCAGCGUGUUGUUGCAGCGUCAUUCUGUUUGAAUGAAGUUCAGACUGAGAACUAGCCAACUCUUCAUUCGCGCCCCGGUGGAUUGAAACAGGAAAAAAAAUAAGAGUUGAGGAAGUAAAAGGUUGCCAAAUAUGCCGGUGUUUACAGUAAAUGUGAAAUGGGGCAAAGAGAAGUUUGAUGCAGUGGAGCUCAACACUGAGGAGCCACCCAUGGUUUUCAAGGCUCAGCUAUUUGCCCUGACAGGAGUUCAGCCAGACAGACAGAAGGUCAUGGUGAAGGGAGGCACUCUCAAGGAUGAUGAGUGGGGAAACAUUAAACUGAAAAAUGGAAUGACUCUGCUGAUGAUGGGCUCGGCAGACGCCCUGCCUGAGGAGCCUGCUGUCCGGCCCAUGUUUGUAGAGGACAUGACAGAGGAGCAGCUGGCCUCAGCGAUGGAGCUGCCUUGUGGCCUGACAAACUUGGGCAACACCUGCUACAUGAAUGCCACAGUGCAGUGUCUACGCUCUGUGCCAGAGCUCAAGACUGCACUCAGGAGGUAUUCAGGAGCUCUGCGAUCUUCAGGGGCAAAUGCCCCUUCACAGUACAUCACAGCAGCCCUUCGUGACUUGUACGAGACCAUGGACAAGACUUCGUCCAGCCUCCCACCCAUCAUUUUGCUGCAGUUUCUUCACAUGGCCUUUCCACAGUUUGCUGAGAAGGGGGACCAGGGACAGUACCUCCAGCAGGAUGCCAAUGAGUGCUGGCUGCAGAUGAUGAGAGUGCUUCAGCAAAAGUUGGAGCCACUAGAGCCAGAGACUGCCAUGGAGACUGACUCCGAGAGUGGAGCUGGAGCUGCAUCUCAGAAGAAGAACUUCAUCGACCAGUAUUUUGGUGUAGAAUUUGAAACUUCCAUGAAAUGCACAGAGUCGGAGGAGGAAGAGCCAAUCAAGGGCAAGGAAAGCCAGCUGCAGCUCAGUUGCUUCAUCAACCAAGAAGUCAAAUACCUUGCAACAGGACUGAGGCUGAGACUGCAGGAAGAAAUCACAAAAAUGUCUGCAUCCUUGGACAGAAAUGCCCUGUAUAUAAAAUCAUCAAAACUUAGCCGUCUGCCUGCUUACUUGACUGUUCAGAUGGUUAGAUUUUUCUACAAAGAGAAGGAGUCGGUCAAUGCAAAAGUUCUAAAGGAUGUCAAGUUCCCUCUCAUGUUGGAUGUUUACGAGCUGUGCACCGCAGAGCUCCAGGAGAAAAUGUUGCCUGUCAGGUCAAAGUUCAAGGAGGUCGAGGACAAGAAGCUAGAGAAACAGCAGCAAAAGGUGUUGAAGAAGCCAGACUCAGCUAAAGAAGUGAAAUACGAGCCUUUCUCAUUCCAGGAUGACUUUGGUUCAAACAACAGCGGUUACUACGACCUUCAGGCUGUGCUGACACACCAAGGCCGCUCCAGCUCUUCAGGUCACUACGUGGGAUGGGUCAAAAGGAAAGAAGAUGAGUGGGUCAAGUUUGAUGAUGACAAGGUGAGUGUGGUGUCUCCAGAGGAUAUCCUGCGACUGUCUGGUGGCGGCGACUGGCAUAUAGCGUAUGUUCUACUGUACGGCCCCCGGCGGCUGGAAAUACUUGAAGAGGAACAGUAGCUGUGGAAGAUUUCUUAGAAGACAAAGAAACGACAUCCAAUACACAAAUUGCCAUUUCCAAGCACUGUCUGCAUAGAUGUGCAAUAAAACUGGUGUCUUUAAAGAUUUGAUGACCUUAAUUGUUUUUGUAACCAACACAGAUGCUUGUAAAACAAAUUCUGUCAAAUGGUGUUAAAUAUUCAACCAUCGUGGGCUUUGAAAGUGGAGAUAUGAUAAGAGGCUAACUCUGGACUGGAUCCUUUAGAGGUUUUUAAGUCUAGCUCUGCAGUUUCAUUAAAUGUUUUAUACACAUUGUAUAUUUUUUAAAGCCUUUGAUAAGGUGCUCAUGUCAUAAAAGCAAAAUAUUUCUCUUUAGUCAUUUAAUCAACUUGUACAAAAAUUGCCUAGCCAAGCGGCUGUCGUUGACAUUCUGGCUUGUGUCUUCUCAGAUGUAUUACGAAACACUGUAAGACUUGCCCUUGUUCACCUGUUGGCCCUCUGGGAAAUUUGGGUUCAAUCUCAGGUCUUUAAAGUGCUUGGCUCACAUCAUCUCCUGGAAUUGUUCUCCAAUGUAUUGACAGAUGAGGUUCUUUCUGCCAAAUCUUCACUAAUGCUCUUUGGGGGGAAAUGGUUAAGAACAUGUUGUCCCUGUGGUGAACUGUGUGCAGUUAAAUAAAGACUUGAGAUUCAACCACGGUUUGCUCGGUAAGCUUUGAGUAUUGUUCUCGCUGACACUGAUUUCAGACUUUGACAUCUAUACCCUUAAAAUGCUAUGCUUCACUUUUUCUCCGUGCAGGUUUCCUCAUCACCCUGCCACAAUGUGUAAGAACUCAACAUCAACACUCUGUAAUAAGUUAUUGACUGAUCGCUUUUCAUAGGUGGUGAAAAUAAACUGUUAUACCAACA